UGUCACUUGGAAAAAUCAACACAACGUUCUUCAUUCAUUUCUGUUCCCCAGUUAUUUCGCUUCGUACUUAAAAUUUCAGCGUAAUCUGAGUGCAAAUUUCGGUACAACAUUCGGUUCUGUUUCAAAUUCUUUAUGCAUUCUUUAAAUUUCGAAGUGCUUGUUCAAUUUAAAGGUGGCAUCGAGUUCCAAGGAAGUAACAAAGACUAAAAUGACCGAUUGUUCAUAUGACCCGGCGGUUAAGGUUUACCUGGGACCGAUUCUGAUUCUGGGCGGCCUUCACCAUCUACCGGCACGACUUCAGGGCCUGCUUAGGGCGUUGAUGACGGCCGGGGUCAAGGAUGUGGAGCUGACAGAGGUCCCCGACUACAGACGGCUCUGGAUAGAGGUCCACGACAUGUGCGUUUGGACCGGUGACCCGGGUGACCUCUGCUGGGGCGGAGACGGCAGCCAGGACCCGCUCUGCACAGAGGCUGUGACUGCCGUCACCAGCGCCUUAUGAACCACCAGGAAGGGUGAGACAGAAUACACAGCUGAAGGUGCGAUAAAGAAGAAAAAGCGAGACAUGAACCAGAGACCCGUGGAGCUCCAAAGCGAUCGACUCACAAUGCACGGUGCGUUGGCAAGUCACUAAGAUAGAAAACAUUCAUGGAGCCCUCUCAACACAAGUACGUGGUGCUGGCCCUUGCAGAGCUGAGCUUCACGAGGAAUGGUGAUUCUCGGAACUCGGAAGCAACUUGCAGCUGUGAUGACAGAGUCCGGGUCGAAGCAAGCCGUCCUAGCGUCAUUUUCGACACUUGAGAGUCGGACAGGUCGGGUUCUGGAGCUUGAUUAAGUUUGCAAUUUGCAACGUAUUUAUUUGGAAUUGUUCCAGGCCCCCCCCCCCCAUAGCUUUUCGUAGCCUGCAAGUUUUAAAAAUGUAACAGUGGCCGAAAGAUACGAAUUAUAAAUUGAUUUAUAUGCCCGUGAAGAUACUGAACAAAAUAAUAAUGAAGAGGACCUGGGUUGACCCAGGCUGCAAUCAGGAUUGAAGAACUGUAAAAAUGAACAAUGAAUACAAGAGUGUUGAUCAAUGUACUCAGUUUAGAAUAGUUUAUGACAAGGCAUAGUUUCUUUCAACAUCUCAUGUCCCUUAUUCCAUUAACUUUGAAUGUUAUGCGAGUCGUAUGUUCGUCAUUGAUGUGAACGUGUUCUUUUUUUCAACCGUGCCUGUUUGCUCAUAACCGUGUACUCUGCUUAUGACUAAUUUCUUUUCGACGUCUUUUUCAUGUGAACAUCAAUGGCCUUGACAGGGCAUGGAAAACUGCCUACACUGAAAACCUGCACUUCUACCUUGCUUCUACCUCAUAUAAUUUCUUCUUUUU